GUUGCGUUCACCAUGACGGAAGUAUAGUUUCCAUCACCGUCGCUCCUCCGGAUCUUCCCUAAUCAAUUUCACAUUCUGCUGCAGUGCCAGUGACUGUGAAAGAACGUAACUUUAACCCCACGCACAUUAUCCCCCAUCUCAUUUUUACCUUCAUUCUUCGCGCAAUUCGCUCGCAAAAGCGCAAAAAGUUAUUAAGGUUAAGCGCGCGGUUCCCCAGUGAAAGUGCUCACGUUCCUCGCAGUUCCUCGACCUGAUUACAGUCUCUCUCUCUCUCCUUCACUUCCCUUCUCCAAUCUUUAUCUCUCGAUCUUCAUGUCUCGUACCUAAUACAUUUCAAAGCUACACGAUCACCUAAUGUCCGAAACGUGGACGAUGGACAACGAUAAGAAACGUGACGUAAUCAAAGUUGGAUCUCGAAAAAGCGAGUUGGCCUUGAUACAAACCAGACACGUGAUACAAUGCCUGACAGAAGUUCAUCCAAAAAAAGAAUUCGAAAUAGUAACGAUGGAUACUAAGGGGGACAAGAUUCUAGACAAGUCUUUACCGAAGAUCGGCGAGAAGUCCCUGUUUACCGAGGAGCUGGAGCUAGCUUUGGAAAGUGGUCGCAUUGAUUUUGUGGUGCACUCAUUGAAAGAUUUGCCAACGACACUGCCGGCAGGAAUGGCCCUAGGUGCAAUAUUAAAACGUGAAGACCCACGCGACGCAGUGGUUAUGUCGAAGAAGUACAAAGAUAAGACAUUAUCAUCAUUGCCAAAGGGUAGUGUUAUAGGUACUAGUUCUUUACGUAGGUCCGCACAAUUGUCACGGAAUAUGCCGCAUUUAAAGGUAGAGAACAUUCGCGGUAACUUGAACACGAGAUUGAAAAAACUAGACGAUGAAAAUGGCCCGUACGCCGCGAUAAUAUUGGCUGCUGCCGGUUUAAAAAGGAUGGGCUGGAAAAACAGAAUAAGUCAGCUUCUGGAACCCGAGGAAGCUCUUUACGCUGUCGGCCAGGGUGCAUUGGGUGUUGAAUGUCGAGAAUCCGAUUGGGAAAUACGUUCUCUCUUGGAAUCGUUGUUUGAUUUAGAAACCAUAUUGAGAUGCGUAUGCGAGCGUUCAUUUCUAAAAACUCUUGGUGGCGGUUGUUCCGCACCAGUCGCAGUGGCUUCAUCUUUGAAAAAGAACGAGUUGACGAUUACCGGUGCUGUAUGGUCUCUAGAUGGUCAAACUUUGGUUACCGAUACUGUGAAAAGCAAAUUUUAUUUACCCAAUGAUGAUGGUGAGCCUCCUAGGAAAUGCCCAUAUCAGGAACCCCGCCUUUACUGUAGCGUUGUUCCCAAUAAAGUAAGCAGUAUAAGUCUUUUUGCUGCAGAACAGCUUGGUAUAAAAUUGGCCAACAGUCUUAUAAAGAAAAACGCUCUCGACGUAAUGUCACAAGCUAGAAAUGAAGUCUUAGAUUCAAAAUAAUUGUGUCAAAUAUAAAUUUGUAUUUUGGUUCCUGUGGCUGCAAAUGUGCGCUUAGAAUGUAUGUUAAUGUAAAAAUAAGUGACAAUUAUCAAUAAUUCACCGAUCGAUGCCCGAUGACUGUAGAUAUCCAUCAUACAUUUCUACUUGUAUAUGCUCAAGAUGGAAAACUUGAUUGAAGUACAAAUCGUAUUGUUUUUUGUAUCGUUGCUUUUCUGAGUUCUGCUUUUGUGUAUCUCAUACACCAUUUUGUUUAUUCUAUUUAAUUGGUAAAAAUAAUUGUAAUUAUAACAGUGAAAAAUAUUGGAAAUAAUCAUAUAAUGGUAUGUAAUAUAAAUCACUGAAAUUCUUAUAUGAUGUAUGUCUGUUUUGAUUAAUUGUACGAGUGAUGUAAGGAUUAUAUGUUCAAUUUAUUGUUAUACAAAUAAUCCAUAAUUAUUGUUGACGAUGCAAAUAUUACAUAGAUAUUUUAUUACUGAAAAUAAUAGUUUAUUGCAAAACACUGCCAUGUAUAGAUCAUGUAACAAUCAACGUGAUAUAUAUACAUAUAAUCCCGUUUGCGUUAAACAGAUUAUAACAAUAAAAUUUUGUACAUGCACAAUUUCUAAACAUAUAGCUCACGAGUAUGUAUAUUUCUGAUUCUGUUGAAUUUUUUGUUUUAUUUUAAGAAAUUAAAUUGAUUUUUGAUUAUUUUA